UGCCUACUUCCAUUCAUUGCUUUUCUCUUUCACCAGACUCUUAGCUGUCUGUGGAGAAAACAUUGUACCUUCUCAUCCUCCAGCGAAACCCUCAACUUCAGGAAACAUGCGUGAGUGCAUCUCUGUACACAUAGGACAAGCUGGUGCCCAGAUUGGUAAUGCCUGCUGGGAACUCUACUGUCUGGAACAUGGGAUACAGCCGGAUGGACAGAUGCCCAGUGACAAGACCAUUGGAGGAGGAGAUUAUUCUUUCAACACGUUUUUCAGUGAGACUGGAGCUGGAAAGCAUGUCCCCAGGGCUGUUUUUGUAGACCUCGAGCCCACUGUCAUUGAUGAAGUGCGCACUGGAAACUACCGUCAGCUGUUUCACCCUGAGCAGCUAAUCACUGGUAAGGAGGAUGCUGCCAACAACUAUGCCCGUGGACACUACACCAUUGGAAAAGAGAUUAUCGACCUUGUUAUGGACAGGAUCCGCAGACUGUCUGAUCAGUGUACAGGCCUUCAGGGCUUCCUGGUUUUCCAUAGCUUUGGUGGAGGAACUGGCUCUGGAUUUACUUCCCUGCUUAUGGAACGUCUCUCUAUGGACUAUGGCAAGAAGUCCAAAUUAGAGUUUUCUAUCUACCCAGCCCCUCAGGUGUCAACUGCUGUGGUGGAGCCGUACAACUCUGUCUUGACCACCCACACCACCUUGGAGCACUCUGACUGUGCCUUUAUGGUGGACAAUGAGGCAAUCUAUGAUAUCUGCCGCAGAAACCUUGACAUCGGGCGCCCCACUUACACCAAUCUGAAUAGGCUUAUUAGCCAGGUUGUGUCCUCCAUUACAGCCUCUCUUCGUUUUGAAGGAUCCCUGAAUGUAGAUCUGACAGAGUUUCAGACCAACUUGGUGCCGUAUCCUCGCAUCCACUUCCCUCUGGCCACAUAUGCCCCAGUGAUCUCUGCCGAGAAGGCGUAUCACGAGCAGCUCACUGUGGCUGAGAUCUCAAACUCUUGCUUUGAGCCUGCCAACCAGAUGGUGAAAUGUGACCCCCGCCUUGGCAAGUACAUGGCUUGCUGUCUUCUGUACCGCGGUGACGUUGUGCCCAAAGAUGUAAAUGCGGCCAUUGCCUCAAUUAAAACCAAGCGAUCUAUCCAGUUUGUUGACUGGUGUCCAACUGGUUUCAAGGUGGGUAUCAACUACCAGCCACCCACUGAGGUUCCUGGGGGAGAUCUGGCCAAGAUGCAGAGGGCUGUGUGCAUGCUGAGCAACACCACGGCUAUAGCAGAGGCCUGGGCUCGACUUGACCACAAGUUUGACCUGAUGUACACCAAGCGGGCCUUUGUUCACUGGUAUGUGGGAGAAGGGAUGGAAGAGGGUGAAUUUUCUGAAGCCAGGGAGGAUAUGGCUGCUCUGGAGAGGGAUUAUGAGGAGGUUGGAGCUGAUAGCUUUGAAGAGGAAGAUGAAGGGGAAGAAUAUUAAACAGACAUGCAGACUUUGCUUAAUGUUUUGGCCUUUAUUGCACAACUCUACUUUACUUGAAUAAGUUAUUAAAUAAAGACCACCAUUUGUCAUAACACAGGCAGAAUAAAAUCUAAUAUUACUUUAAUCUAACCAAGACAUUUGUUGUCCAUUUAAGAAAAGGACAAUUUCUAGAAGAAGAGUCUGACUUUUUUUCAUUUAACUUUUUUCUUUUAGUUAUUUUGUUGUUUGUCAAAAAAGAAGGAAAUUGUUGAUGAAACCUGAAACCUUCAAAUGUUUUAAAAAGUAGCCAGUAGUUGUUUGACCUCUUUAAGAUUAUCAGCAUGAUAUUACAUUUACCUAUUUGUUUUAGUGAUUUAAAUAAAGGAAUCUGUGGAAAAAAUGGGAAAUGUAAACAUUUUAAAAGUUUGAAAUAAAAAGUUCCCUAAAGACCCUCCUGUAUUCAUCCUUAAUUUAGUCUACAUUUAAGCCAUUUUAAUACUUUGACCUUUGAAUAAUCAAUAGAUAAUGACUUACUAUUAUAAUAUUAAUACAAUCAAACAAGACAACUUAUUUGUAUGUCUUCUCUGUUUUGUUUUGGAUGAUUUUGUUUCAUGAUAAGUCUCUGAGGUUGAGGAAUUUGUCUUGCCAACCCUUAAUCUUAAGCUCCUCCCACUGAAUCUCCUUCAAAUGCAAAACAACACACUGGCUGGGUCAUCCAAAAACAUUGCAAUCACCUCAAGUCAGAAAAACAUUUUGAUAACAAUGAAAUAUGGUUGAGAAUCUAAUAAAACAGUUUGAAUUAAUUG